CAUCUCUCUCUCCUGCCUAGGUGUUCAAGUGCAUAUCAUGAAACUUGUUGGAACUAGUUUGUAUUUGUGAUACUGAAAGCAUUUUUCUUACAAAACAAAUCGUGGCAGUUCAAGGGAGGUAAAAAAAUGUCUUCUCUCUCCAGUACAGCAGGAGGCGCUCUGCAGCUCUUUAGUCCGCCAAUAAACCCACUAAAGAAAGAUAGAAAGAGCUCGCGUGUGAUGUGUUUGUGUAUCUUCAGUGUUUUUCUCUCUUGAGUGUUUUAAACAGAGUCUUGUCUCUGUGUAUUUUAGUGUUGAUGAUGAUGGAUGUGAUGUGCUGUAAAUCAGUAGGAACUGAUCUGUCCAUGCUGGAUAUUGAUGAUUUCAUGACAGAAAUCUCUCAGCUGAAGAAAGAGGUGGCGUUACUGGAGACAAAGCUGAGGUUAAGAGGAGAUGAAGGACUGAAGAGAGAGGACUCCGAGCUCAGUCUGACUUUACUCUGUUAUACUGAGUCAAAGCACACAGACGCUCAGGACACUACAGUGUGUGACAGUAAUCAGGACUUACAGGAUGAUGAAUCUACUGAUCAAACCUCCACAGAGUCUCUGGAUUCUGUCUGUAACGCUGGAGAACAGCAGCAGAUCCUGCACACCAAACUCAACAUGUGUUCAGUUAAACUGGAGGACUGUGGGAACCAAACUGAGAUUAAAAUAGAAGAGGAAAAUCUCACGGAUGAUGAUGAAGACAAUGAUGAUGAGGAGGAGAAUUAUGACAACGAUGAUAAAGAUUAUAUUCCUUCAGACGAGAAGAGUGAUUCAUGCUGUGAUGGGGAAAUAACAUCUUCAACAUCAGAAGAGCGACGGACAGCACAAACUCUUUCCAGCAUCACUGGCGGAGAGACAUUGAGCUCACAGAGAAAACACACAGAACAAAAACUCUUCACCUGCAGGAAAUGUGAGAUCAGCUUUACAACCUUACAAGAACAGAAAUGUCAUUAUUCAAAAGUCCACAGAGUGAGGAAGAAGAAGCAGUAUCAUUGUGAGCAGUGUGAUGAAGUUUAUUCCUCCCUUUCUAAACUGAAAGUUCACAUGAGGACACACAGUGAGGAAACACCGACAUUCAGCUUAGAGAAACAUGAACACACAGAACAAAAACUUUUCAGCUGCAGGAGAUGUGAUAUCAACUUUACUACCUUACAAGAACAUACACGUCAUUAUUCGAAAGUGCACAGAGGAAAGCACUGUGAGCAGUGUGGUAAAGGUUAUCUCUCAAUUACUAGUCUGAAAGUUCACAUGAUGACACACAGUGGUGAAAGACCGUUCCAGUGCAGUAAAUGUGACAUGCGUUUCAGAACCAGGGAUACUCUUAUUGGUCAUGAGAGAAUUCACACAGGAGAAAAACCGUACAAGUGUCCUCACUGUGAGAUGAGUUUCAGCCAAAAAGCCUAUCUGAAGAAACACGUGUUUUUACACACCAAUGAGAGACCGUAUCAGUGCAAUCAAUGUGACAAAGCCUUUAGGGAUUCAGGUUGUCUAAAGAUACACCAAAAAAUUCACUCGGAGAAACUCCAUCAAUGUUCACACUGUGAUAAACGUUUCCGUCAUAGAUCUUAUCUGAUACGUCACGAGAGGAUUCACACUGGAGAGAAACCUUACCUCUGCUCUUACUGUGGUAAAAGAUUUUCUUGUUCAGGUGCUUUUAAAGUUCAUCAGAGAGUUCACACUGGAGAGAAACCUUAUCCGUGCAGUGUUUGUGGGAAGAGUUUUACUAAACAUUGCGGUUUGGUGUCACACCGGAGAACUCAUACAGGAGAAAGACCUUACAAAUGCUCUCUGUGUGAGAAGACGUUUACUCAAGCGGUUCUCCUGAGAAUCCAUCUGAGAGUUCACACUGGAGAGAAACCUUACCGAUGCUCCAUCUGUGGAGAGAGAUUCGCUAAUGUCGGACCUUUUAAGACUCAUCAGAAGAAACAUGUUCAAAACGACCUAACCAAUAAAAAAGACUCCAAAUGUCUGAACAGUAGAAUAAAUUAAAUAUGUAUUGACUAAAUAAUUGUUCCCUUA